AAAUAUUGAUUUUCCUCGCACUCAGCAAUUUGUCAACAAAUAAAAAUAGUGAGGUUUUAUACUUAACGAAACAUAACAAUAAAUGAAUAGUUAUUGAGUAACGGUAUAAUUUUAAGUGAACUGAAAAUGUCCGAAGAAUUAAAGUUACUAAAACAAGGGGCCGAGGCCAAAUUGUUCAUAUGCAAAUACCUCGGAAAACCAACUUUGAUCAAAGAAAGAUUUAAGAAAAACUAUCGCCACCCUGAUUUGGACUCUACAAUUACAAAGGAAAGGAUGAAAAAUGAAGCACGAUCAAUAUUAAGAUGUAUUUUAGCUGAAGUGAAAACACCGGCGCUGUAUUUAGUAGAUUUUGACAGGCGACGUAUUUAUAUGGAGUAUAUGGAGACCAGUAUUACUGUAAAAGACUUCAUUAUAAAUGUUGUAAAGAAUGUAGAAGAAAACGAAGAUAUUUUAAACUUCAUUGCCAAAGUAAUUGCGGAAUCUGUGCGAAAAAUGCACGAUAAUAACAUCAUUCAUGGCGAUUUGACGACAUCUAAUAUGUUGUUAGUCGAGAAAACGCCGACUAAAGUUAAAGGUGAUGCUAAAUGGUUAAACCAUGAUAAUCUGGAGUUGGUGAUGAUUGAUUUUGGCCUAUCAUACAUAGAUUCCAGUGCCGAAGACAAAGGUGUUGAUUUGUAUGUUUUGGAAAGAGCAUUUAUAAGCACACAUAAUAACUAUCCGAAACUAUUUGAUAAAUUUCUGGAAUACUACAAAAGUUACAACAAGAAUAAUGUCAAAGAAAUAUUGAGUAAGUUUGAAGAAGUAAGAGCGAGGGGCAGAAAGAGAACAAUGGUCGGUUAGAAGAUAAAUAACACAGAAGACUAAUGGUCAUAUCCAAAAUGACCUUUUUUAAAUGGACUGGCUAUAAGACUUAGUAUUUUGUGCCCAUUUGAUAUUCAACAUUUUGGCGCUGGUGGUAACAUAACAUCAACAGAAGAUUUUAAUCAAAAUGAAAGAAAAGCUGACAUUUUCAAGCAAUUGUUUAUGCAUUUAUAGAGAUCAGUAUCCUACCCUGAUUUUCCACCGAUCUGUAUCAUGUACCCAUAGUAUGCAAAAUAUCUGCAUAUCUACAGUAAAUUAGUGUCAUCCAUAGACUAUACUUCAGUAGUACAUGAUUGUUAAUUGAAUUAGUUUCUCCUUUUAUCUCCGUCUAUCAAAAUUAGUCAACAUUUUAAUAUGUAGUAUACUUCAUUGUAUAAGUCAUGUUAUUCUAGUAGUUGUUAGAAAUAGAAUAAGAUAAUUAUUAUAGUGCAUUAACCAAUGUAUGUUUUAAUAAAGUAUGCCUUUGAAAGGUU